AUGGCGGGCACGGCGAUGCAGCGGUUCCGGGCCAAGGUCUCGGACACCGCCUUGCGCCUGCUGUACUGGUUCAACUCACCGCAGGGCCGCGGCGUGCUCAAGUGCACCAUGGCCUACACCAUCGCCAGUCUGGCCACCUUUGUGACUCCCGUCGCUCAUCUGCUCGGCAAGCCCGGCGGCAAGCAUGUCGUGGCCACCAUCACCGUCUACUUCCACCCCGCCCGGACCACUGGGUCCAUGAUCGAGGCCGUCAUCAUCGCCAUCGUGGCCAUUGCCUAUGCCGAGGUCAUCUGCCUGCUGUCCAUGGCAACCUCGGUGCUCUUUGGUGCCGUGUGGGGGAUGGUCACCUUGGCCCACGUCCUGGUCGUCGUCUUGUUCUUUGGCGGAGCCUUCGGCUUCAUGGGCUGGGUCAAGCAGAAGAUGGAGAACCCUCUGGUCAACGUCGCAAGCACCCUCGCGUCUCUCGCCAUCAUCAGCGUCCUGACCAAGGAGACGGCCGUGAUCGACAACGUCUUCUCCAACCAGAAGAUUGUCCAGGUGCUCCUGAUCCUCCUCAUGGGCAUCGCAUCCACCACCAUGGUCAAUCUCUUCAUUUGGAGAGUUUCUGCUCGGACCCUGCUGCGUACGACCAUGGACAAGGCAUCCACUUCCCUCGGAGACAUGCUGGCCAUGAUUACCAGGGGCUUCAUGACUGGCACCGAGGACGACCCGGCCCUUGCUGAGUACUCGGCAUCAUCCUCCGCGUACCGAACGAAUUACCCUCAGAUGAUGAAGAAUCUCAGGGAGGCCAAGUUUGAGCACUACCUCCUUGGCCACGAAUCAAUCUACGUCGCCGAGAGGGCGCUCGUUAAAUCGAUGGACAAAUUAGCGCAGUCCAUCGGAGCUUUGAGGAGUGCGUCGAGCACGCUGUUUGUUCUUCUCGACAACCCAUACAUCUACGGACAGAUCAACACGGUAAUUAACCAAAUCAACCCGAACUAUCUCAGCCCCAAUGGCGCACCUUCUCGACCUCCGCCAUCACCGAUGUCACCUGUUUCCACCAUACCUAUAUAUUUUAAUAACGAGAGUAGCGACGACGGGGACGACACGGAGCCGGUCUUCAACCCUCCUGACUUUUUCACUUUAUUCAUUACAUCGCUGAAGGAACCAAUGGUCGCGCUCACAGACGAGAUUUGCCACAUCCUCCGGGAGUCGAAAUUCGACCAUGGCAAUGAGCAGAGUCGCGCGAGCGGCCGGCUGAGCGAGAGCAUCGCCGUCUUCAGCAUAGCAAGAACCAACGCGCUGGAGCAACUGUACGAGCACCCGGCACUCCGAGCCCGAGACUCGGCGGCGCACCAGGUCGAGCUCGAGCAGGUCGCAGCAGCCUGCGGGCAUUUCACGUCUAGCAUGCAGGCAUUUGCCGAGGAUGUCCAGGUCCACCUGGAGACGCUGGAGGAUCUGCGCUACGUGGGCGAUCACUGGAGGCUGUCGUGGGAGUGGAUGGUCUGGUGGCGUAAGGGCAGCCUGAGCUCUCUGCGACUCUCCUCGCUGGAGGAGGAAGGGCUCAUCAAGCCGAUUAGGAAACACGCUACGCCGAGGGGAAUCUCGGACUCCAUGGUGCGCAGGAGGGACACCUUUAGUUGGGAGGCCGCUCCCAGCGCGAGCAAGCUGUUGUCGAUUGUUUCGCAAAAGACUCUACGCUUUGUGAGGAAGCUGGCAAGGGACGACAUUCUAUUCGGCCUGAAAGUGGGCAUAGGAGCCUCGCUUUGGGGCAUGCUGGCGUUCCUCGAGAGAACGCGCGAAUACUACCACCACUAUCGUGGCGAAUGGGGUCUGCUGUCAUUCAUGAUUGUGUGCUCCAUGACGGUUGGCGCUUCCAACACUACGGGCGCGUCGCGAUUUGUCGGAACGAUUAUCGGUGCUCUGCUUUCUUUGGCGGCGUGGAACAUCAGCCAGGGCAACCCGGUGAUCCUGGUGUUCCUGGGCUGGCUCGUGAGUUUCCGGAAUUUCUACCUCAUCGUGGCCGCGGGCAAGGCGCCGCUUGGUCGCAUGACCCAGCUCGCGUACAACGUCUCGACUCUGUACGCCUACAGCCUGAGCGCGGGGCUGGACAACGUCGAGGAGGGCGACGACGAGGGCGGCAUCGACCCGGACAUGCUGGAGAUUGUCAAGCAUCGCUGCCUCUCGGUGACGUGCGGGAUCCUGUGGGGUCUGUUCAUCUGCAGGGUCAUGUGGCCCAUCUCGGCGCGGAAGAAGUUCAAGGAGGGCCUCUCGAUGCUGUGCCUCCAGAUGGGGCUGAUCUGGAGGCGUGGCCCCCUCGCCAUCCUGCUCGACAGCGAGGCCACGCGUAGCUAUCUGCGGUCGGGCGAGCAGGAGGCGAUGACGAGGUACGCCGCCCGGCUGGAGAGCCUGCGGCAGUCGGCGUCGCAUGAGUUCGAGCUCCGGGGCCCCUUCCCCUUCGAGGCGUACGGGCGCAUCAUGAGGAGCAUGCGCCGCGUGCUGGACGGCUUCUACGCCAUGGCGCUGGUGACGCAUCGCAGCGGCCACCUCACGCCCGGCGAGAAGGCGCUGCUGGCGUACACGGCCCCCGAGCGUGCCGUGCUGUGCGACCGCAUGUGCCACAUCUUCCAGGUGAUUGCCAGCUCGUCCAUGCUCGAGUACCCGCUCUCGAACGCGGUUCCGAACAUCAUCGCGCUACGGAACAACCUCCUCACCAAGGUGUUCCAGUUCCGAAAGAAACACUCGGCGGAAAUGGCAGGGGUCGGCGGCCCCAGCAGCAGGCCCGGCAGCAUCCGCGACAUCGAGGUCAAGUCCCAGCGCAGCCGCAACAGCGACGACGCCGCCUCCACGGCCAGCCUGGCGACGGUCGAGGAGAGGGACUACGCGCUGCUGUACGCCUACGUCCUGGUGACGGGGCGGGUGGCGGACGAGCUGCGAGUCAUGGAGCGGGAGGUUGAGGGGCUGUAUGGCGUGCUGGACGAGGACACGGUGCUCCUCCAGUAA